GGUGAGUUCAGAGGGCAGGCGGGCAGACGGAGCAGCGGAGCCGCCGGCCGGCCGCUCGGAGCGGAGCUGGGCUCCGGCUCAGCGGCGGAGGAGCGGACAGAGGCGGCCAGCUGAGCAGCAGCGCAUGGUGGAGGAGUGCGAACUGCUGACGGUGCCUGACGGCUGGAGGGAGCCGGCCUUCACCCGGGAGGACAACCCGCGGGGUCUGCUGGAGGAGAGCAGCUUCGCCACCCUGUUCCCCAAGUACCGAGAGGCCUACCUGAGGGAGAGCUGGCCGCUGGUGCAGAAGGCCCUGGGGGAGACGCACAUCAAAGCGACUCUGGACCUGAUCGAGGGCAGCAUCACCGUUUGCACCACCAAGAAAACGUUCGACCCCUACGCCAUCGUCAGAGCCAGGGAUCUCAUCAAGCUGCUGGCCAGGAGCGUCCCGUUCGAACAGGCCGUGCGGAUAUUACAGGACGAUGUGGCGGCCGACAUCAUAAAGAUCGGGACCCUGGUGAGGAACAGAGAGCGUUUCGUCAAGAGGAGGCAGAGGCUGAUCGGUCCCAAAGGCUCCACGCUUAAAGCGCUGGAGUUGUUGACCGGCUGCUACGUCAUGGUGCAGGGCAACACGGUGUCGGCCCUGGGGCCCCACAACGGCCUCAAGGAGGUGCGUAAAGUGGUUAUGGACACCAUGAAGAACAUUCACCCCAUCUACAACAUCAAGACGCUCAUGAUCAAGCGCGAGCUGGCCAAAGACCCCGAGCUGCGGAUGCAGAGCUGGGAGCGCUUCCUGCCCAACUUCCGCCACAAGAACCUGAACAAGCGCAAGGAGCCAAAGAAGAAGAGCGCCAAGAAGGAGUACACGCCGUUCCCGCCGCAGCAGCCAGAGAGCAAGGUUGACAAGGAGCUGGCCACCGGAGAGUUCUUCCUCCGAGAGAGCGUGAAAAAGAGGAAGAAGAUGGAGGAGAUCAAGGUGAAACAAGCUGAGGCGCUGACUAAGAAGCAGGAAGAGCGGAAUAAAGCUUUCAUUCCACCAAAGGAGAAGCCUCUGAUGAAGAAGACAAAUAAAGCUCCUUCGGAAAGCAAGCUCGACAUCGAGGCCAUCAAGGAUAAAGUGAAGAAAGCCAAAAACAAGAAACUGGGCGCUCCGAUAGUGAACCCAGCUCCGGCCAGCAGCAGCACGGCCACCGACAAGAAACAGAAGAAGAAAAACAAAGGCUAACCGUGCACAAAUAAUACUCGUGGAAAUAUGCGUACCACUUGGUGUGGCAUUCAUUGGACAGAAUAAAGACUGAAUAAGCACGUGACUCGAGACGUUCGACAUGAUGUGCUGCGAUCACGACUGGAUUCUGCUGUGACAUGUCGGGGAAAUAAGACUGAAAUCCCUCGGCUGCUGGGAGGGACCAACUGUUUUUCCUGUUUUUCUGUAUCUGGAGGCUAAUUCUGAGGUACACCCAGUAUAACUUCUCUACACUCACACAAACAGGCGACGAAUGAGCAGAGGCUUUUUGUCAAGUUUUUCUAUGGUUGGUAUUUAUAUUUGUGCAAAAUGUAUAUUUUUCAUUUUAUAAAGCCUGACAUGUUUGUUUGUUUGUUUGUUUGUUUGUUUGGGAGCAGCACUGCACUGCCAGAUUAAGAAGCCAGUCACUUUGGUGAUUUCUAAAGAGCUUUUCACAAAUAAUUGGGCUCAGUAGUUUCACCUUGAACAACCUCUGGCUAUUCUUUAUAGGACUGAUGGAAAAAGGAUUUCCUGAGUUUAUGUACAGAGCUGUUGGGCGUUUCCUCCUGCAUGUAGGGAAAAAAAAUAAAAAAAAGAUUGAACUCUGUUGUCUUU